AUGAAAAUGUUUUGCGGGAAUACUUCUAUUUAUAAAACCAAGGGAGAGAAGAAAUGGAUGUACGUUAGAAGAAAUCGAAGAGGGAGAAUUUUCCAAGUGGAAAAAUUAGGGGCAAUACUUUUCCAUCAACUGAAUCAUAAUUUAUUUAUCGACGAUAUUUUUAAUAUUAGACAAAAGAUAGAUCAAGGGAUAAGAAUGGUCCGAGGUCAAUACACGGAGGAUGUUGAUUUUGCCAGCGGUCUCAUCACCAGAGAUCCCAUGUAG